AUGGCUUCCCUACAGGACAUUCCUAAUGAGCUCGUCCUAAUGAUGGCAGCUGAAGCACCGUUCUCCACCCUCACUGCUUUACGACUGACAUGCAGACGUGUCCAGAGUCUCGUUUCGAUCGCGAAACACCCUGUCUUCGCUUCCUGUGUCCGAAAGGUUGGCUUUGCACCCAGUUUCUUGAGAAGUAACUGGCUCGGGUUUGAGCAAGAAUGCGAAGCCCGUCUGAACUAUGGUGGUAAGCACGACAUUGAACUCCAGGAAUAA